CUCAGCGUCCCUUCGUCCACACCCUCGACAUUUAUCUACACUCGACCAUAUGAUACCCUGCCUUUUUUGCAUUUUCUUCGUCAUUUUCGACCGCCGGUAAUAUGUUCUUCGGCGCCUAGACCUUUUCGUAAUUCAAUAAGGUUCUAUUCACGUUUCCGUCACCAUGGCCCCUCGCCGUAUGGGCCAGCCGUAUCGGCACGUUGGAAAGGCCGGAAACUCUUCCUACGGCUCUCGUAAACCCAGAACGGUCGACGCAUCCUCAUUACGAAGCACAGAAGCCACUUCGCAGAAUGAAAAACUGGAGGCUACCCGCUUGGCGAACCGCAUCGAUGAGUCUAUGGGCUUUCCCCGCUACGAUUCCGGGAAGAAGAAAGUGGGGUGGCUAUGCAACAUGCAUUCGACGUCGAUAGAAGACGAGAAUGUCCCUGGUGGAAGAGCAGGGGUGGACUACUACUUCAUAGGAGAGGAUGGUGACACAUUCAAGGCCACCCUCGAGUACGAUCCAUAUUUCCUGCUCGCUAUAAAGAGGGGAAAAGAACCAGAGGUUGAGGAAUGGUGUCGAAGGACGUUUGAGGGGCUAAUAAAGACAACGAAAAGGGUCGAGAAAGAGGAUUUGUCGAUGCCAAAUCAUCUUCUCGGUUAUAGGAGAACAUUUCUCCAACUUUCGUUCGCAAACGUGAGCGACCUCUUGGCCGUGCGCAAAGUCAUCAGUCCUAUCACGGAGAAGAAUAAGAGCAAAUUAAAUGCCAUGGAUACAUAUGCUGAGGUGGCCAGCGCAAAUGCGGGAUUCGACAUUUUUGACGACGAUCAAGAUCACGAACGACGGUCAACUGUGAGCAUUGAUGCUAGCAAUUUCGUCGUAGACAUACGAGAAUACGAUGUGCCCUACCAUGUGCGAGUGGCUAUCGACAAAGAUAUUCGAAUUGGAAAGUGGUAUACAGUUGAAGCAAAACAUGGGGUCGUGUCAAUGACAUGCAUCGAAGAUCGACUUACACCUGCCGAUCCGGUUGUUAUGGCGUACGACAUCGAGACGACGAAGCUCCCUCUCAAAUUCCCCGAUGCAGUGAUCGAUCAAAUUAUGAUGAUUUCUUACAUGAUCGAUGGCCAAGGUUUUCUGAUCACCAAUCGUGAGAUUGUCUCUGAGGAUAUCCAAGAUUUCGAUUACACCCCAAGGCCAGAGUACGACGGACCGUUCAUGAUCUUCAAUGAACCGGACGAAAAGGCCGUCAUAGAGCGAUUCUUCGAGCACAUCAAGGAAGCCAAGCCUACUGUGAUGGUAACAUACAACGGAGAUUUCUUCGACUGGCCGUUCGUAGAAGCAAGGGCAAGUGUCUUGGGAAUCGACAUGUAUAAAGAGAUUGGCUUUCGCAAGAACAACGAGGAUAUAUACCAAUCGGACUACUGCGCACAUAUGGAUGCCUUUGCUUGGGUCAAUCGAGACAGCUACCUGCCCCAAGGAAGUCGAGGUCUGAAAGCGGUAACAGUCGCAAAACUCGGAUACGACCCAGACGAACUGGACCCCGAAUUAAUGACGCCCUAUGCGAGCGAGCGACCCCAGACACUUGCUGAGUAUUCGGUGUCAGAUGCCGUUGCAACGUACUACUUGUACAUGAAAUACGUCCAUCCUUUCAUCUUUGCUCUUUGUACUAUACUCCCACUACCACCAGACGACACGUUGCGAAAAGGAACCGGAACUCUUUGCGAAAUGCUACUGAUGGUCCAAGCCUAUCAGAAGGGGAUUGUGCUCCCUAACAAACAUCAAGCACCCAAAGAAGCCUUUUGGGAUGGACACCUAUUAGAGUCUGAGACCUAUGUCGGUGGCCACGUGGAGAGUAUCGAGGCUGGCGUAUUUCGGAGUGACAUCCCGUGCAACUUUGCUGUAGACACCACCGCCAUUGAUGAACUACUCAGGGAUCUUGACGCUGCACUUCAGUUCAGCAUUGUAGUAGAAGAGAAGAAGAAGCUUGAGGAUGUUGUGAAUUACGACGAGGUGAAGACAGAGAUCACUAAAAAGUUGUUACAGCUCAAAGAAACACCGAAUCGCACUGAGCGACCUCUGAUAUAUCAUUUGGACGUUGCUUCCAUGUAUCCGAACAUCAUGACGACGAAUCGAUUGCAGCCCGAUUCUAUGAUCAAGGAAUCCGAUUGUGCAGCGUGCGACUUCAACCGACCAGGGAAAACGUGCGAUCGAAGAAUGCCCUGGGCAUGGCGCGGAGAGUUUCUACCCGCCAAACGAGACGAAUAUAACAUGGUCCGCCAUGCACUAGAGAAUGAGAGGUUUCCGGGGCGUUACCCCAACGCCCCAUCUCGGACUUUCCAAGAUCUCUCUGUUGACGAGCAAGCAACAUUGGCCAAGAAGCGACUACAGGAUUACAGCAAGAAGAUUUACCACAAGAUUCACGACGCAAAAACGAUCGAACGAGAGGCCAUAAUCUGCCAGCGCGAGAAUCCGUUCUACAUUGAUACGGUGCGGGACUUUCGUGAUCGAAGAUACGAUUACAAAGGUAGACAAAAGAUUUGGAAGGGUAAAACGGAAGCACUAAAGUCAGCCGGGGCUCCUGCCGCUGAAAUCGACGAGGCGAAGAAGAUGAUUGUGCUUUUCGACUCUAUGCAACUCGCUCACAAAGUCAUUCUGAACAGUUUCUAUGGUUAUGUCAUGCGUAAGGGCUCAAGGUGGUACUCGCUGGAGAUGGCGGGUGUUACUUGCUUGACUGGUGCAAGAAUUAUUCAACUUGCCAGAUCCUUGGUGGAACGCAUCGGACGACCCCUGGAGCUGGAUACAGAUGGAAUUUGGUGCAUUUUGCCCGCAACAUUUCCAGAAAACUUUUCCUUCAAAUUGAGCAAUGGCAAGAAGGUCACCAUCUCAUAUCCUUGUGUCAUGUUAAACCACUUGGUCCACGGUCAAUAUACGAACCACCAAUACGAAACUUUGGUGGACCCAGCGACUUUCAGAUACGAAAAGCACAGCGACAAUUCGAUUUUUUUCGAGGUCGACGGUCCUUACAAAGCCAUGAUCCUACCUACUUCGAAAGAAGAAGAUAAGAAUCUCAAGAAAAGAUACGCUGUGUUCAAUCAUGAUGGAAGUCUAGCUGAACUAAAGGGCUUCGAGGUCAAACGCCGAGGAGAGUUGAAACUGAUCAAGAAUUUCCAAGCCCAAAUAUUCAAAUUUUUCCUAGAGGGCACAACCCUCGCUGAGACGUACGGAGCGGUGGCCAAGGUAGCCAAUCGAUGGCUGGACAUCCUAGAUACUCGCGGCGCAACACUUGCGGAUGAAGAGCUCAUCGAUUUGAUCGUUGAAAACAAGAACAUGACCAAGACUUUGGAAGAAUAUGGGAGUCAGAAGUCGACUGCUAUCACUACCGCGAAACGCCUGGCAGAAUUCUUGGGAGAGCAAAUGGUGAAAGACAAAGGGUUGAAUUGCAAGUAUAUCAUUUCUUCUCGCCCAAGAAACGCACCAGUAACCGAAAGGGCGAUUCCUAUCGCCAUAUUCUCGGCGGAGGAGUCUGUUAAACGCCAUUUCCUCCGAAAAUGGCUGCGUGAAGACCCUGGUGACAUGGAUCCCCGAAGUGUACUGGAUUGGAAUUAUUACCGCGAGCGCCUGGCAUCUGUCAUACAGAAACUCAUCACCAUUCCUGCGGCGCUCCAAAAAGUCAGGAAUCCUGUUCCCAGGGUUCCCCAUCCAGACUGGUUAGACCGACGAAUAAGACAAAAGGAAGACAAGUUUCAGCAGAAGAAGAUGACUGAUAUGUUCGACAAAAAAGCCCUAGUAGAUGCCAACACCAACAUUCUAGGUAACCGGAUGGCAACAGACUUGGAAGACUUUGGGUCCGCCAAAAUCCCAUCAUUAUCUCAAGCUGCUAGAAAGGGAAUGGUGACGAAGAUGGUCGCCAAAAGGAAGGAGCCAGAACCGGCAAUUGCAGUCCAAAGCGAUCCAUACGCAGCUCUUCCGAAAACCAUGCCUUCUAUGACUGAAGACUACUCUGGCUGGCUUCUCUAUCAGAAGCAGAAAUGGAAGAUACAGAAACAAGCUCGAAAACGAAGACGUCAAUUAUUUGGCGAGCGACCAGUUGAUACAGCCAACGCGAUUGGCAGUUUCUUUCGAAAUCAAGCUGAGUUGCUCUUCAUAAGCACAUGGCAGCUCGUACAGAUCCGGCCUACCGAUAUGCCUGGAGAAGUUAAAGCGUUUGUUCUGAUAGAUCAGAAGAUGCACUCUCUAAAGAUCAUCGUCCCUCGACAAAUUUACCUGAAUCUUAGGGAGGAAGAUCUCCCUGAUGUUUCCAUUGAGGGUUGUAUCGCCGAAAAGGUUGUAAAUCACUCUCUACCUAACGGACAUCGUUCGACGCAUCUUUUCAAACUGCAAAUGUCUGAACAGACGUAUGUGCAAGAAUCAAAGCGCCUAGCUGCCUUAUUCAACCAUCCUAGCGUUGAAGGGGUAUACGAGACUCAGGUUCCCCUGAACUUACGCGCUGUGCUCGAAUUAGGAAGCAUGUGUACAUUUGAUGAGACACAGAAAGGUGUACUUGGAAAAGGUCUCGAGCAAGGGUUCGAUCUUUCGUCUCUCCAGCGCGUCCCUACGCAGACACCAUAUCUCUCUGGAGCAUCCAUUAGUUACAUGUAUUUGUACCAUGUGAGCAGUGGUGAUCGUAACAUAUACGCUCUCAUGUCAACUUCACGAGAAGGUGCUCAUAUGAUCAUUCAGAACAGAACGAGUGACAUGCAGGGAUUGCCUAAUAUCGACAGGAUAUAUCGCGAAGCGAUACAAAAGCAACAGGAAGAUCGCCGAGAGGACCUACUGCAGUCAUGCAUCGAAUAUCAAGACGAGGUACACUUUCGAACAAUACAAGUGACGACAAGACGAAAGGCAUUGCUUGAGCUAGGCGAUAUCAUCAAAAAGAUCAAGACAGAGGAAUCCAAGCCCGUUAUUGUUGUGGUGCAAUCGACCAAUCACCAGCAACUCUCACAUGGUAUUCCUGCCCUGAGGGACUUGCCCAUUCUUCCACUUCAGCCAGAUGGGUCUGACAAGCAGUUACCUCCCCUGGGCUGGCAAUCAUUCAUCGCGAAACGUCUUGUUGGACACUACCUCAACCUUGGUUCCUGGGUCUCACACCUUACAGAACUUGCUCGGUAUGGUGACAUUCCUCUUUGUAACCUUGAGAGUAAUGACCCAAAAUUUCUGAUCGAUGUUGCGUAUGCGCGGCGACUUCAGAAGGAAAAGGUGGUCCUCUGGUGGUCAAGCUCCCCCAAGCCAGACCAUGCAGGAUACGAAAGGGACGAUAUUCUGGGUCCACUGGACGUAGUCGAUAUGCCUACUAUCAACAAUCCGGGCACAUACGCAUCCGUGUGCAUUGAUCUGAGCUUGCGUAACCUUGCUAUAAACACUGUCCUAUCAUCAUCCCUGAUCAACGAUCUUGAAGGGUCGAAUUCGGUUACUUUCAACCCUGCGGCAGCCCCUGGCGAAUCGACGGAUGAAGGGGGGACUGCUAUCCACUCCGAAGGAGCAUUCGCCACUGCGGGCAUAUAUGUGCUGCGGGAGAUGGUAAAGACUUGGUGGGGUGAGGCUGAACGCGGAAAUCACAUGGCAGAUGUGAUGGUUCAGCAUCUGGUCCGCUGGGUUGCCAACCCGGGUUCUUACCUUUACGACCGUUCUUUGCAUUAUUAUGUGCAGAUGAUGUCGAAGAAAGCCCUUCAACAACUAAUGACGGAUUUCAAACGCGUCGGCUCACACAUCGUCUUCGCUAGUCCCAAUCGUCUCCUCUUGCAAACCACUAAAGCCGAAGUUGGGAAUGCAUAUGCCUACAGUCAGUACAUAUUAAAGACGAUUCAGUCGAAGCCGCUUUUCCAAUUUCUGGAUCUCGAGAUCAAGGAAUACUGGGACUACCUAGUGUGGUACGACGAGUUCAAUUACGGCGGAAAGGGUUGCCACGAAGUUGUUGAGGCCGAAAAUCAAACCCUCGACAACAUCAUGUGUUGGCAGUUCGUGCAAUUCCUCCCAAGUAACUUACAGCCUACCUUUCACGACUGGGUCAUUGAAUUCAUUGAUUUCAUGCAUUCUCGAAAGCGACCAGGGAUUGCAGAAGAUUCAACGACUCGACUAACGCAGAUACCGAUACGUUCACUUACCGUCGAUCCUGCUGAGAAUACUCAGAUUCUACCCAAGAGCUUUACGAAACCUCUCUACAAGCAGAUAUCAACUCUCUUACGGCGACAGCAUAACGAGAUGCUACAUCCAGAACUUGCAUCGGACUACGAGUUUCCAGUGCUCCCCGGCUCACACCUAGACUUAUCGAACCCUGUGCUGCAGCUCGUUAAAACGAUCAUGCAGGUCCUCAGCUUGGAUCGAGCGAUAAACUUGGAAGCGCGCCUUCUACGAAAGGAAUUGUUAAACCUCUUUGACAUCCGAGAAUUCAGCGCAGAAGCUAGUUUCAUUAAUCCCAGUGCCACUCUUUACAUCCGCAGCGUAAUUUGCGAUGAAUGCACCUCAUCUAGGGAUUUAGAUCUCUGUCGCGAGUCUUCCCUUUUACCCCCCUCGGAGACAACAUCGACGUUUCCAGCCUCCAAAUGGAAAUGCAGAGACUGCAAUUCGUCGUACGAUAAACUUCAGAUUGAAGAGCGACUUGUUGCGGACGUACAAAAAUUGACACUGGAAUGGUGCACACAAGAUCUGAAAUGCGGCAAGUGUGGCAGAUUGAGGAGCAACGAUUUCAUGGAACAUUGCGCCUGUGCGGGCGAGUGGAUAGCAACUAAGGAUAAGGGAGACGUGAAAAAGAAGUUGCGCGUGUAUGGCAAUGUUGCCGGAUUUUAUCAAUUGAAGAUGUUGGAGGGUGUUGUCGAAGAGUGUCUAGAAGGAAUGUAAUUGGACCGGGUCCCAGAGGAGGGAAGCAGCGAGCCAAUGGCGUCUGAGUCAAAAAUUACACGACCGGCAUAGAUGCAUGUUGACAUUACGUUGGUAUGUUUGUUUCUUUAGGCGCGGAGUUUUGAGGCUUCAAAGGAAUUUUACGAAGGACUUGACUCGUCCGUGGGGGAAGAGGAUUAUGAAGAUGAUUCUUAGCGUUUAUGGUGCAUUUUCUGGCGCUGAUGGCGUAUGAAUAACGGAGCAAUACAAACCGGCGAACAGGGGCUUGAGAUGCCAAUUUACGAGUACUGUGUGGUCUGAGAUGCUUACAGGUAGAUAAUGCCUAGAGGCCGAGAUUUCUUUCCUUGCUACCGAAUCCAUUGUUCUAUAGUAAUAGCUUCAACGAGGGGUAUAAUCGAUGAUAGAAUCACAAUACAGUCCAGUUGCGAUAUUAUCAUUACGC